CACGUUUUUUCAUUUUCAGUUUUCUUACAGUUAACUAUCAGUGUGAAAUAGGUUUGAAAUCGUUUCUUAUAUAGACCAAAUUUCAGUCGCAAUCAUCAGCAGCGUAUUGACCUACAUAAUCAGCGUGUAGGUUUCUUCGAAAAUUAUGGAUGAGACACAAGUUGAAGUUAGAAACAAUUUGAGUGGUGCUUUUUUCCCGGCUCGUUUGAAGAACAUUCAUUCAAAAGAAGCAACUAUUGCAUAUGAUUAUAAUCCUGAUAACUGGGUUCGUGUUCCACUUUCAGAUGUUCGUAGAUAUGUAAAGACUAAUGAAGUAAAAGAAGCUUCAAAGUACCAUGAUAAUGAAGACAUAGAAAUAUUUUCUAAGGAAGAUGAUACUGAGCCAAUGGGUUGGUGGGAAGGUAAAAUAGUUCAACGUCGUGGAGGGUUUUUUGUUGUCAAGUUUAAAGGGUUGGAUGAGACAUUCAACGAAAUUGUACCGUUUGAGAGAAUUCGACCAAUUGGACGAUGUCAACCAGUGACAAGAUCAAUGUAUUUUAAAUGUAUGAUAGAUGUUCCACAAGAUUUGCGAAUCAUGUGUGCAGGGGAUGUUCAUGAAACAUUUCGGGAGAUGACCAGGGCACUUUCUAUCUUUUAUCUUAAUGAACUGAAUGUAUUAGUUAUACUUUCAUCAUGUGAAGAUUCUAUUAAAAGAGCUGCAAUUUUAAGUGAAAUGCAUUUUCGCAGUCUUCGUACAAAAUUGCUUUUGCAGUCACGCAAUGAAGAAAGUUUGCGACAAUUAGAAUUGGCACAAAAGCAAUCAGAGCAAGCACCUAUUUAUGAGCAACUGAUUUUACCUGAAGACCUUUUAGGUUUAGCCAUAGGUGCACAAGGUGCCAAUAUUCAGGCUGCUCGUAGAAUUCCUGGAAUAAUGUCAGUUGAAGUAGAUGAACCAACUUGUACUUUUAAUAUUUUAGGAGAGAAUAUGGCUUGUGUAAAGGAGGCCAGAAGACUUCUUGAGUUUGCUGAAGAAGUAGUAUUUGUGCCUAGAAUGUAUGUUGGAAAAGUGAUUGGAAGAAAUGGACGCAUUGUCCAGGAUAUUGUUGACAAGUCAGGUGUUGUACGUGUAAAGAUUGAUCCAGAGCCAGAAGAUAGUAAGACUGAUGAAGAAAAACAGAAAGAUGUUCCAUUUUUAUUUAUUGGUACAAAAGACAAUAUUGAGAAUGCAAAAAUGAUGUUGCAGUACCAUCUUUGUCAUCUCAAGGAUGUUGAGGAUCUGCGAAAACAGAAAGACAACAUUGAUCAAGAGUUAAGAGCUUAUGGAAUACAUCCAAGUACAGGUCCAUUUUUUCCUCCUCCUGCUGAGAUGCGUCGUCAACAUGCUUUAAGUAUAACUUCACAAAAUGAUGUUCGUGAUCGAACUCAGACUAUUGAAAGUUAUAUUGGUGAUUUAGCUGAAUUACCAGUAUACACCAGCAGUUUCAACAACAAAAAUCCUUUACUAAGGCUGCGCACUACCAGUGAAACAGAAUGCUUAACUAAAAGUGAUAAAGCUGAAAAAGUUUCACCUGAUGGUGUUCCGCAAACAAUUCUUGAAGUAGAAAAUGAAAAUCAAGAAACAAAAAAACAAUAUCAGACAAAUCGUGGUAAAGGAAAUGGCAGAGGAGCUUGUAUAGGAACACGUUCUUCUCGAGUAAGACAAAACAGUGAAAAUGAAAAAGAAAAGAGUCUAGCAAACGUCGAUCUUAACUGGCGUGCACAUUUAGAAGAAUUAAGUGAUAAGUGUCAAGUUGAUUAUGAAAAUAAACCACGUAUGAGAACAAAAAGCGAAGGCGAACAACAUCACGAUCAUAAUAAACAGAUCAAGUACUUUGAAAAAAAUGAAAAUACUCAAAAAAGUACCGAUAAAAAGCAAUCCAAUACAAAUUCACCUCGAGGACAACACCAACAACAAAAUAAGAUGAUGCAUUCCCAAAACCAAAAUAUUUCAGAUCAGCAUGGUCGCAAUAAAAGUCAUCCUUCUGGUCGUAUUACUAAUAAUCAAUCAAAUCAACCCAGAGAACAUCGUAAGAUGGUACGUCAUUCAAAUGCUAACACAACGACCGUCAACGGAAACGCCGUUAAUGGACAACCUUACACCAAAAUUACUCAAAUCAAACAGAAGAUUCAUAUUAACGAUGAAAAAAUUGAAUCUUCUGAAAAAUCUGUUCUUCCUCCUAGUGAAGAGAAACAAUGCGAUAUACCAAAAACUGUCAAUGAAAACCUAUUAAAAAACGAUACUGAUAAAAGUUCUUUAAACACAUCAAACAAAGAUCAAGAUGUGUUAAUACAUCAAUGAUUACUUUUAAAUCACUUUUCUCUUACUCAUUUCUUGUAUUUGGAUUUAAAUUUUUAAUGAACUGAAGAUACUAGAAAAAAUUUUGUAUCAUAUUUGUUAAAUAUUAACAUAAUUUUAAUUACGCUAUUAGUACAGAGCUAUGUAUUGUUGUAAUAUUAUUUGUUUUCUUAAUUUCUUAUCGAUAA